UUGUUCCCAGCCUGCCUCAGUCCUCCUCCUCCUGGUUUCAGAGAAACACAAGACCAACAGCAGCAGCAGCAGCAGCAGAGCCCAAAGCGCCACUCAGGAGGGAAAGUGAAUUAUAUUCCCAGCGGGUUUAAAGUGCUGGAAAACACUACGGAAACCCCGGUUUCACCUGGAGUACGACCUGUAGCCGGCUGGGAUAUUUGCGGGAUCUCCUGUGAGCAUGGGGGACGUGGUUUCCUCUCACCUGGAUGAGGGCAGGCGGGAGAUGAUUACAGCCCGGACCAGGGAAGUGAUGAAAGAGUUCGGCGACGUGUACGAGCAGCAGUACGCCGUCGCUCUGUUCAACAGCGUUCGCUUCGAGAUCGAGGGAGGAGGAGGAAAGCAGUCGCAGCUGCUUCACAGAAAGGACCCUCUGGCAGGUCGGUCCAUCUUCUCAGGGAAUCUGUUUCAGUACCUGGAGGAGAAUCGGAAGUGGAGGAAUCGCUUCGUGUCGGUGCCAAACAGCUACAACAUCGACCUCUUUGAGAGCAAAACAGCACAUGAACGAGGGCUGCAUCCUAAAGUAACCAUCAACUGUGCCGGGUACAAGGCCUUGGCUUCAAUGGAGGAGUACUUGGAGCUGAUUAAUAACAGCCUGCCAGGAAUCAAGGCCAAAGUGGGCAACAAUCCGUUCAUUAAGUGUGCGACCCAGUUCCCCCUGAUCCUCUGGCAUCCGUACGCCCGCCACCACUACUUCUGCGUGAUGACUGAGAAGGAGCAUAAGAAGUGGCAUGCUGUGCUGCAGGACUGUGUCAGACACAGCAACAAUGCUGGCCUUUCAGAGGACUGCACCGUCCAAACUCCAGCCUUCACCGACUCCGUGAGGCUUCACAGACAAGCCAAAGGACACUACGGGACCUGGGAUAUGAUGUGUGGAGAGCCGCCACAGAUUUUGGCUAAUCUGGUGAUGGAGACCCUCCACCCCGAGCUGAGGAACGUGAUCGGCCCUCGUCUGAAGGGGAAGCUGCAGCAGAGGCAGAGGAACUGGAUGCUGAUCUCCGAUGCAGUGUACAAGCAGGUGUUGUCUCAGACCACCGGUCAGUAUGAAGCUCUGACGGAAGCCUGCGAGGCCCAGAAAGCUCCGCUGGACGCCAGGCUGCGAACCGACAUGGACCAGAUCAUCACGUCUAAAGAGCACGUCAGCAGCAAGAUACGAGCUCUGGUGUUGCCCAAAGCCGAGCAGCUCCUCCACUCCAGCGUCCAGCCCUACAUCAGCUCCAUCCUGGAGGCCCUGAUGGAGCCCACCAGCCGAGGCUUCUCCGAGGUCAGGGACGUGUUCUUCAGGGAGCUGGUGGAGAUCAGCAAGAACUCCAUCAACGGAGGAGGCAAAGAAAAACUCGGAGAACACAUGGAGAGGCUCUCCAUGCUCGCCUUCCACCCGGUCAAGAUGCAGAGCUGCUACGAGAAGGUGGAGGAGCUCAACCUGGAGGGUCUGCAGCAGAGGUUCGACGUCUCCAACCCGUCGGUGUUCAUCAGCAGGGCUCAGAUCCUCAUGAGGGAGCAAAUGGACAAUGCCGUGUACACAUUUGAACAGCUGCUCAACCAGUCUUUAGAAGCUCAGGGAGAAGAGAACAUGUGCAAGACCAUCCAGCGAUGCCAGGACAGAGUCCUCAAGAAAUACGAUUACGACAGCAGCACCGUGCGCAAGAAGUUCUUCAGAGAAGCUCUGCUGCAGAUCAUCAUCCCCUACAUGCUGCAGCAGCUCUCGCCGUCCUGCUCGCCUGAGCUUCCUCGCUUCAAGGAGCUGAUCUUUGAGGACUUCUCCCGUUUUCUGCUGGUGGAAAACAUGUUUGAGGAGGUGGUGCUGCAGUCGGUCACCAAAGACAUAAUGAUGGGUGAGGGCCAGGAAACGCCAAGAUUUAUAAAUUGUCGCCAUGGUGAUGGUAGUAGUACAUUAACUAGAGUACUUCCGAGUUUAACGCUUGUUUUUUUCUUUCCAGCUGUGAAGGAGGCAGCUGUGCAGAGGAGACACAACCUCUACAGGGACAGCAUCAUCCUGACCAACAGCGACCCCAACCUGCACCUGCUCGGGGAAACACCCGGCGUGGACUGGGCGUCCAAAUUCGGUGGCGACGAGGCGGACGGCUCUGUGGAGGUUGAGGAAAGGGGUUCUGGGAGGAGACGCAAGCAGGUGGUGUCCAUGAUCCAGCUGGACGGGGUUCCUCUGCCCUACGAGUCCUGCCUGGAGGUCCCAGGGGUGGAGCUCAUCCCCGAGGAGGACCCCGAGGUCUGCAAAGAGGAGGACGGAGACGACGAAGAGGAGGAGGAGCUCGGCCAACAUGAGAAUCCAAAGUCUCCCGAUAGUGUCAAUGAAAUCAGGGACCUGAUCAACCCGGUGGUGGAGGUGGUGCUGCCGGUGGUGGUGGAGGAGAAGCAGAGCGACGAGACCAACGGGCCGGAGGAAACCAGCGGCACCAUCGUCAUGGAUGACGGGCUGCAGGAAGAGGUGACCCACGUGACCACGGUGGUGGAGGACCGACCCAGGAAGUCGGUGCGAGACAAGUCGUCCCCGCAGUCGAUCCUGAAGGAGCUGGUGGGAGGCAAGAAGCAGGAGGCCGAUAAGGAGGAGGCGGCCAUCAAGAACGCCAUCGAGGAAAUAGAGAUCGCAGUUCAGGAAGACGACGGCGAACGGAUCGCCGAGGCCUCCACAGUGGAAUCGGAUCGCGAUUCCUCACCGCCGCCGGUUCCAGACUCACGCUCGCGAGAAGACAGCGGCUUCCAGUCGCCGACCAAUGAGGGGCUGGACGAAGGCGAGCCUCAGCCAAUCACAAACGGUCUGAACGGAGAGGACAAAGUCAUCGAUCCUGCAGAAGUGGAAGUGAUUGUAGCGUGAGAAGACAAUGCUCCGGACGCUCACUCCGAAACUGGAGAAAACCGCAGAGAGGAAACAGAAGCGUUUGCGUCACAUUUAUUGAAAGAGAAUGAAAAAUGUUGUAUUUAAGGGUCAAAACGUGCCGUUUCUUCACUCUUGUUGUUAUUGCACUCUCUAAACCGACACUCUCAUACUCCCCUCGAGUCUUUCUGGAGACAUUCCGUAUCUUGUGGUGAUUGGUUCGCUCUGUGCAGCUUAUUUUCUGUAUAUUUUGACAAUGAAAUCAGCAUAUCUGAUUUGGCCACAAGCUGAGGGUUCUAACAAUGAUAAUAAACUCUUCUUAAAAAAACUUCCGCAAUCGGGGAGAAACACCAAACAACUAACUCUAAUUCAUUCCUGUUGUCAGACUCACAUUUAUAUGGCCCACAUAGGUUGUCUUUAGUUCUGCAGUUGUCUAAUGAUCACAGCCUCUACCUGGGCAGCAGGGGGCGCUACAGCUACACUUUCUGUAUUUCUAUGUUCCUUUUAUCUCCACUUAAAAUACUAUUUUUGUAAAAUGUAAUUUUAUAAACAUGUACUUUGUUUACUUUGUAAGCAUUUCUUUGAUGUGCAAAUGGCCUUCAUGUUUCAACGUGUUUUAGUUCCCAACAGUCAGACAAUGAUGAAUACAUCCAGUGAUUUUAAAAAGCAACAUGUCUAGUUUUUAUAUCUGUUGGGGGAAAAGUUUCUGGUUUCUUGCGUCUCUGCCUGCAGGUUUAGAGAUGACCAAGACACAGUAAUGGCUCGAUUACUUCACUUACAUACUGUUUUCUUCAGCUUCCUUGUAAGUACACUGAAUCGAAUAUGACAAUGACUCUAUUUAAAACCAAUCUUAUUUAAUUAAAUGUUUCUAAUUGGAUUUAAAGGGUCAGUAUCAGGAUGUACAGAUAUGGGAUCGAUAUUAUCCGUAUUAACGUCAUUUGUUUGUAUUUGGGGCGACAAACCCACUGUAAGGGAGCGUACGUUUUUACAUUUAAUUCAGCAUUCUUUAGCUGUUUAGUAGCUCUACAGUGCAGUGACGUAUAUUUGUGACAUUUGAGAGGUUUCCUGGAAAGAACUACUUAAUUUGGUACUAAAUACAGUAAAGUUUUGUGUUGAAUUGUGUGCCGGCUGUUGAUAAAAGUUGCUCACCUGCUAUGCACUAAUUAAAACAUUUUAAAGGUUA